AUGGCGGGAAUUGUCAACAGCCCGCUUUCUCUCUUCCGAAAGCCAGACUCUUCAAAGCCUCUUCAUGCUCGAUGGGGCGAUGUGUCCAUCUCUGUGCCGACAGAUGGAUCAUGGAACCAGUAUGACAACCCUCAUCGACCAGUGACUGAAACGCAAGCAUACGGACCAGGAUAUGUCCCCGAUUGCUCUCCCCAAGACCGAAAUCCUCGUCCUGGCAAGGAGGAUGACCCAGACGACGAUACUCGGAGUGUUUCAAGUAUAGAAUCAACUGUCUCGCGUCGAAAAUCACUGUCACUGGGAGCCUUGCGACCGGGUCGACUCUCUGUCCGCCUAGCCUCGCGCCCCAAACAUCUACGAGGCGAAACGGCAUCAGAGCGAGAUACCCAGCGCGCGGAACAAAAGAGAACAGAGUUUGCGUACAAGCCCAUUCAACAUGACUAUACCUCCGAGGUAGUUGAACAAUCAGCAAACAAUCGGUUCAAGUAUAUCCCCACUCAGGGACGGUAUCUUGAAGGGUCGAGUUCUCGCUCUGGCGCACCGCGCAGUCAAUCAGUCAGCUCCUAUCGAACAUCAUAUUCUCGGCGAGAAUCCCUAGCCGAAUCCAUCAGUGAACGAGAUGAUAGUUACGAGCGUGACUAUGUUCCUUCUCAGCAUCAGAUGGCUCGCGGAAGCGCUUACAUCGAGGAUGACCGGCGGAGUCUCCGCUCCAGUCUUGGAGACAGCUCGGACAGUUCUAGUGGACGGCGCAAUAUCGGUCUGCCGCCCCGACGUAAUACGUCGCCUUUUGUGGCGGCUGAUCGGCGAAGGAUGUCCUCUGCUAAGCCGAUGACUUUGGCAAUGGUUCCUGACCCGGAUGAAAUCUAUGAGUGA